AUGGUGCGGUUGGAAAUAUUGCUCGGUGGUUAUCCAGCGAAACUAAAAAAGGUCUUGAUCGUGACGGCACCAUUGUGGUUCAAAGCGCCCUUCAAGAUUCUUCGACUCUUUGUUCGUGAAAAAUUGAGGGACCGAGUGUUCACAGUAUCCAUUCCUCAAUUGACUUUGCAUAUCCCACGAGAAUCAUUACCACAUCGUUUAGGCGGCACGUUGGAGAUACAGCAUGAAGCAUGGCUACUUCAUUGUCUUAAAUCCAUGACUAACCGAAGUGGGGGUGAACUUUGUGAGGUCGCCCCAAGAGUAGAUACACCCACGUCACCCACGACGAAAGAAGACAUGGUUCAUCAAAAUCUUAAUGAAACUGCGACGCACAGUACUCCGACUAGUCCUAUAAUCGAUAAAAACAAACAGGCGAAAAAUGGUAUAUCGAAUAUCGCCGACAUCGAAAUCACCACUGCAAAUAGUGAGAUAGUUUGGUCGGGAAUCGAUGAGGCGCCUUCUCCAGUUCAGGCUCCGUCCUCGGCUAGUUCCGGUUUUAGUGACGAUGAUAGUCUUCAUGGCGAGCCUUCCGGAUUUCAGUCCUUUACAAUGGAACAACUUGUAGCAGAACUAAAAUCACGGGGGCGCGAAGGUUACACAGCGGAAUAUAUGGAAAUUAAGCAGAGACCGCCGGAUGGUUCAUUUAAUAAUGCAAAGUUAAAGGCUAAUCAAUCAAAGAAUCGAUACACCGAUGUGCUUUGUUACGAUCAUAGCAGGGUCUGCCUUUCGCAAGUGGACGGGGAUGCGACAUCCGAUUACAUAAACGCCAAUUUUGUCGACGGUUAUAAGCAAAAGAACGCGUUUAUCAGCACUCAAGGUCCUCUCCCGAGAACUUGCGGCGAUUUCUGGAGAAUGGUUUGGGAACAACAAACACUGGUCAUUGUCAUGACUACAAGAGUGGUGGAAAAAGGGCGUACAAAGUGUACACAGUACUGGAAUCCUGAAGCGAAUCAUGAUGUACAAGUGAAUGGUUUUACAAUAACCACUCUCGAAGUUGACAAAAAUCGAGAUUACACAAUAUCCACGCUUCUUAUUACAAACACAAAGACUGAUGAGACAAGAGAAGUUUGCCAUAUGUUGUACACAGCAUGGCCAGAUUAUGGUACUCCUAAAUCAGCUAAAGCUUUACUGCAAUUCUUGUCUUUAGUGAGACAGCAGCAGAGUAAAUUACUCACCAGUAGAGGAGAUACAUGGGCCGGACAUCCUCGAGGACCACCUAUAGUUGUACAUUGCAGUGCUGGUAUUGGAAGAACAGGUACAUUUUGCACUUUGGACAUUUGCAUAUCGCGGUUGGAAGAUACUGGAACUGUAGAUGUACGAGGAACUGUUGAGAAGAUCAGAGCACAGAGGGCCUACAGUAUUCAAAUGCCGGAUCAGUACUACUUUUGCCAUGUUGCUCUAGUGGAAUAUGCAUGUUCUAAAGGACUGCUUAGCACACAAAACGCCUCUGUGCUCCCUUUAUUGGUUGAAGAGGAUUCCGAUUAAGAAAAUAAGAGUUCUGCUAUCGUAUAUCGGAUUGAUGUUCUUCCCAAGUAUGCGUAUAUAUGAUAUUCUUGAAAUAGCCUAUUUCUAUCUUAAACGACUGAAAGUUAUUUUUUGCAUUGAUGUAACAAUUCAAGUUCUCGCUGUUACAUCCCAUACUUUAUACAAAAUUGAUUUUUUCUCAAAGUCAAAUAUAAGCGACCAGGAAACUUCACAUUCCUGUUU